AUGGCCGGACUGCAGACAGACACAGACGCCAUUAUUGCUCAGGCUCACGUUCUCAAGGAAGAGAAGGCUGAACUUGAACUGGCUUUCGAUACCAAAUCGCUCACCGAAUCUGCACCGCUGGAGAUGAACGAUGGAGUCCACGACGGUCUCGAGUUCCCGACCGACGAGGAGCGUGCAACACUGCGGCGAGUUUCAGACUCGUUGCCCUGGAAUGUCUACUUAAUCGCAUUCGUGGAGGCUGCUGAACGAUUCUCGUUCUAUGGAUCUAGCAUUGUCUUCACCAACUUCAUCCAACACGGCCUGCCCAAAGGCUCGCAUACUGGCGCCGGAGGGACUGAUCAUCAAUCUGGAGCGCUAGGCAAAGGUCAACAAACUUCCACUGGUAUCGGGACGUUUUAUACCUUCUGGUGCUACGUUACCCCGCUUUUGGGCGCUUACAUUGCGGAUGCCCACCUUGGACGGUUCAAGACGGUGUCGAUUGCAGUCGGAAUCGCACUUUUAGGUCACAUUAUUCUCAUUAUUCCCGCAAUUCCUGGCGUCAUCGAGAAGCCGAACACGUCCAUGGGCAUCUUCAUCCUUGCGCUGAUCAUAAUGGGCCUCGGCACUGGUUUAUUCAAGGCCAACAUCUCUCCUCUUGUCGCGGAGCAGUAUCGUCGAACCAAGCUUUUCAUCCGCACCACAAAGUCGGGGGAGCGUGUCAUUGUUGACCCCAUCAUUACUGUGUCGCGACUCUAUAUGUACUUCUAUCUGUUUAUCAAUGUCGGCGCGUUGGUCGGACAGAUCACAAUGGUCUAUGCAGAAAAGUAUGUUGGGUUCUGGCUAGCAUACACACUCCCAACCGCGGUCUUCCUCUUUUGUCCUCUCGUCCUCCUUGCCGGCAACAAGCUAUAUGUUCGCUCUCCACCUACGGGUUCAGUAUUGGCGCUCUUCCUCAAGCUGUUUGGCUUUGCCGCAAAGGGCAAGAUUGUUCUCAAUCCUGCGACGACAAUCAGCAACCUCCGGGGUCCAUCCUUCUGGGAAGAUGCAAAACCGAGCAGAGUUGUAGCGCGUGGGGAAACAAUACCGUCGUGGAUGACAUUCGACGAUCUUUGGGUCGAUGAGGUUCGUCGUGGCAUCAAGGCCUGCUGGGUCUUUUUGUGGUUCCCAAUUUAUUGGCUCACUUAUGGUCAACUGACGAACAAUUUGAUCUCGCAAGCUUCAACGAUGUCGACUCAUGGCCUGCCGAACGACGUCUUGUCCAAUCUUGACCCGCUCGCCCUGAUCAUCUUCAUUCCGAUCUGCGACCAGCUCAUAUAUCCUGCCCUCAUGCGACGAGGCUAUAAUUUCUCUGCGCUCAAGAAAAUCGCUGCUGGUUUCUUUACCGGCAGUGCCGCCAUGAUCUGGGCAGCUGUUCUACAAGCCUAUAUCUACAAGACCAACCCCUGCGGAAACUAUGUUGGCACCUGCGAGGACGGCGAUGGAAAUGCACUGGUUUCUUCGCUGAACAUCUGGAUCCAGUCUGGCUCGUACAUUCUUGUCGCAUUUUCGGAGAUCUUUGCUUCCAUCACUGGUCUCGAGUACGCCUUCACCAAGGCGCCAAAGAACAUGCGCUCACUGGUCAUGUCGAUCUUCCUGUUUACUUCCGCCAUCUCCUCUGCACUCUCUGAAGCGUUUGUCACGCUCUCCACCGAUCCACUCUUGGUGUGGAACUACGGCUCGAUGGCGGUCAUCAGUGCGAUUGCGGGUGUGCUCUUCUGGUGGCACGUGCGUGGUAUCGAUGCGAAGGAGGAGGAGUUCAAUAGGAUGGGUGUCGGCCAUGUUGCGGCGACGGACGCAAAGGACAGUGCUUAA